ACAGGAAUGUAAGGUCUGGUUGGUUAGAGGGAUUGGGUGUCACCAGCUGUGUGAGGCUGGUAUAUAAGGACACUGCUGCUGCUAGCCCUUAACCAGAACAGAUAGCAGCAUUUUCACAAGUAUCACUAAGAAGAGGUUCAUAGAGUCGUCCCUCUAGUUGUUGUAACUUGAGAGUGAGAGGGUGAGUUUUCUCUUUUGGGAAAUAAGAAACCAACUUGUGUAGCUGUAGAUAGAGACUUUGAUCACAAUGGACGUCCAGAGGACAGGAUCAAUUGUUCGGGCCCCCAGCCCCAUGGAUAGCCUUGAGAAGCAGCUGAGCUGCCCCAUCUGCCUGGAAAUGUUCACCAAACCGGUGGUCAUUCUGCCCUGCCAGCACAACCUCUGCCGUAGUUGUGCCAGUGACCUCUAUGACUCCCGCAACCCAUACCGCUUUUCUGGUGGUGUCUUCCGAUGUCCUACUUGUCGGUUUGAGGUUGUCCUUGACCGUCAUGGUGUACAUGGGCUGCAACGCAACCUGUUGGUUGAAAAUAUCAUCGACCUCUAUAAGCAACAGCAAGAAGGGAGUGGCAAUGGAAAUACAGAAACCAGCCUGAAGCCAAAAGAAUCCAAAGAACCAAUGUGCCAAGAACAUGAGGAUGAGAAAAUCAACAUCUAUUGUAAGACCUGCCAAGUUCCCACCUGCUCCAUGUGCAAAGUGUUUGGGCAACAUAAGGACUGUGAGGUUGCAACUUUAGCAAGUGUUUACCAGGUCCAGAAAGGUGAACUAAGUAAUGCUAUUGAUACCCUGGUGGCUAGCAAUGGCCGCCUGCAGGCUCUGCUCAACCAGAUGGACGAUGCCUGUCGUGCUGUUCAGGAUAAUGCCCAGACUGCUAAGCAAAGGUUAGCCGAAAGCUUUGACCUACUGUAUGCUGUCCUUGAAGAUCGCAAGGCCAUUCUACUAGAGAAAAUCACCAAAGAGCAAGAUGAAAAGGUUGCAGCUCUUCGGGCUCUGGCCCAACGUUACGGAGAGCGACUGCAAGCCAGCACAGAGCUCACAGAUUCGGCUGUGAGAGCACUGGAGCAGAAUGGAGCUGCUGAGUUCUUGGUGGCCUCCAAGGGUCUAAUCACACAGACCAAAGACGCGGCAAAAUCUUCACUUGGGGAAGAGAGGCCAGAACCAGGGUUCGAGAAGAUGGACCACUUCACUGUGUCAACAGAGCAUGUGGUAACAGUCCUAUCAAAGAUGCAUUUUGGGGUGUGUGAAGAUGAUGACUUUGAAGAUGCAGAAGAAGAGGAGGAGGAGGAAGAAGAAGAAGAAGAGGAGGAGGAGGAGGAGUAGUAAUUACAACUCAAAGUGUUUAUGGACUUAAAAAUACUGUACUGUAAUGUGGUGCUGGAAGGAGUGUGUUGAUGGCAGGAACUGCAUUUAAUGUUGAACAGAAUAUAGGGCUACAGUGAGUGUGAGCUAAAUGGCGUGCCCUUUUUUUCAGUGCAAUAUUUAAUUUCAGUGUUGUGUUAAUUCUUUUUUUCUUAAUUUCUUUUUAUACUUUUGUACCUCAAAGCUAAUGAAAUGGCAAAAUAGGGUAACUAAAUGUAAAUGUAGACUGGUUUACACAUGUUUUUUCUUGUAUGUGGUUUAUAAAGUAGUUUUAGUAAUGUUUCUCAUUUUGUCCAAGUUUGUGUUGAACUGGUUACUACACCUGUCUUCAUUUGAAUGUUGUAAUAAAGCUGCAUGAAGUCAA